AUGAGCUUGUUUCCAAUGAAUAAACCUUCUCCUCUAGAUCAAUCAACCCCUACAAAGAGUUCAAAAAGGUAUUCAAUUAGGAAAUGGCUUCAUUCUAUUUCUACAAAGAAUAAUGCAGGCACUAACGUUCCAUCUGCAAAUAGUUUACAGGGUUCAAGCUCAUUGACCUCUGGAAACAAUAGUUUCUCAGCUAGUAGGGAAAAAUUAAACCAUAUCAAAGAUCAAUUCAAAUCAGGUAUAGAUAGAUUGAGAUUGAACAGUUCAGUAGCCACUGGCAUAGAUAUUCCUUUGUCUGACGUCGAAGAAAAAGAAUACAGUAGGGAAGAAGUUGGUUCAAAUACAAUAAAUAGUUCUCCACAAAUCAAUUGCCAAAAUUCACAUUCAAAAAAAGAAGAUGAAUUAUCUUGUUAUGAUAUUUACCAUACUUAUCCCAAAGAUCUAGAUUUGCUAUUUGAGUACUCAAUGAAAAAAAUAUUCUCCGAAACAAGUAUGGAGCAUAGCCCAUACUGUGAUGAUGAAAGAAUAGAUAAUGAGUUUGGAGAAUUGCAACCUUUCCAGAACUUAAAUUAUGAUGAUUUAAAUAAAAUUGAAAGAAUUUGUACUACUAUACAACCUAUUAGAUUUCCAUCUUUAGAUGACACAGAUAAAUCUCAUUUAAAUAAUCAAAAUAGAUUUUUAAAUUACGAGAACAAAAUUGCAAUCUCAUCGAGCAAAAGUACGCCGGUAUGUUCUAUCCAUUCUACAGAAGAAUCAGAAGAAAACUACCAACAUGAGUCGACAAAUAAGGUUAAAAAUAAGUGUCAAGUAGACAAUAAAACCCAAGAUAUUUCUACAGAGGAAGAUGUUUCAAGUGGAAAUACAAAUGCUGACGCAGAUGCUGAAUCCAUUGCUGAUUAUGAUGACGAAAGGGAAGAUGAAGAUGAGGAACAAGAAGAACAACAGGAACAGAUCAAUGACAGAGAAAGAAAAAUAAAUACAGAAAAAGAAGGAGAUACAUCUAGUGACAAUAUCUUAAUUUAUGAAGGUGUCAUAGACGACAAUUAUUAUGAUGAAAGCUCUUGCGAUUACGAAGAUUCUAUUCUGAACACUCCUCCAAUUUACUUGACUCAAACAAGUUUGAAAGAAUCCAAUAUGAUUAAUUCUACUGGCUCUUUAUCAUUACUUGGAGUUGUAGAAACAUCAGAUUUUACGUUAGAAAAUGGAAAAGAAACAAAAGAUGAAAUAAUGUCUAUUGUAGAUCAGUUUUUGAGUAAAGAUGAUAAAUCUGAUACUGACGACAUUUCUCCCAAAUCAGAUUCCAUAAAAAAUGGUGUCAAAAUUCACACAAUUGAUUCCGAUUUCCAAGAAUUUGAUAUCAGUUAUGAUAUUAGUAAUGAUCAAGAAUCUAGUACAAAUAAUCAGAAGUAUGAUCUAGAAAAAAAUGAAAUUGAACCUGUCUCUUUUGUUGUAAUUCCAAAUGCCUCUAAAAGAUGUUCUUAUAAUAGAAGGACAAAUUGUCUGUCAAUCAAAGUGGCAAAAGAACAAAUAUUAACUAACGAAAUCCCAGCAACUAAAACUAGAAAGAAAUCACUGUCAAUUAUUUUAAAAGAUGUAGAAGUUAAGGAUAGAGUAAACAAAAAAUCUCAGAAGGAUAUGGCUCAAACAAAGGAACACUUGGCUGAAAGCCAAAUUGCAGAAUUUUAUUCCAAGAAAUAUGUUCCUGAACUUUUAGAAAAUAUAAAACAAGAGAGAAUAAUGUUGAGAGAUUAUAAUACUGACAAAAGAACUCAAGCUCUUAAAUUUGAUGGAAAACCCGUUUCAAUCCAAUACACAACUGUACAUUACAAUAGGUAG